AACUCUUCGGCAUAUCCCGCUAGCCUAUUUAAGCCCAGACCCUCUUUGGCGGGGGUGGCCAAGUCUCAAGUGCCAGCCAGCCCAGCCUUAUUCAGUGAAUAUUAUUUAGCUUAAGGCUAUCAUUUAUCAUUUAUCAUUUGACAGUCCACUUAUCAACAACCUCAAUCCGUAUUUACAAUCUCUCCUGUCGCAAACAUUUUGCAGAGAUUUCUAUUGAUUUCCAUUGAUGGAAAGAUUACUAAAUUUAAUAUUCUAAUUGUUUGAAAUCAAAUCAAAGCCUUGGUGGCGAUCAUUUUCAAGCUUCGGUACUGAUUUGCGCCUGUAUCCAAAGAUCUGGACCGCAGGGCAGAGUUUACCUCUUAAUAUGCGAUUGCUAAGUUGAUAUCAUAUACUGUGUGUGGUAUAAUAUAUCCUUCCUGAACUCUCCGAAUCAUUCUCUCCACAAAUCACGGUACAAUAUACGAUCUUUCGGUCGUCGGCCUCCCCGAAAGACGAUACUAAAUCACUCAUAAGCCAAACCGGCCGGCGUUUUUGAUUAAACAUAUCGGAUAUUAGUUAACGUUCCAGUCGUUGGCAAAGGCUAAGGUAGAGGGACAACAUCAUUGGAGCUAUUCUUGAUUAUUCGACUUUCGCGCUACCAAUCGUUUGUCAUCCUCGAGCACAUCAAUAAUAGUCGUUGUUGGAUCUGGACCGAAUGGUUACUGUUUGUAUUUUGAGUGGGUAAUCUCUGUUUUCGGGGAAAGUGCGUGAGAACUCGGGAGCAACUGUGAACACUGUAUAGGGUCUGGUAAAUCAUUGGCAGGAAAAGGAUAUUGGUGGAGACCUGGUCCAAGGAAGAUCAUACUUUCGAAUUUGCCAUCCUACACUUUGACGAGAAGGGAAGUUCGAGUCACUUUGCCCUGUCAUUGUAAGCCAUCAAGCGCCAAAGGUAGACUCUUGAAAAGGGGGCACCAAUUUAUAUGUGAGAUCCUAGUGCAGUCAAACACUGCCGAGUGGACAUAAAGCUAUUUGUCACCUGCAUCUAUACCUCUAUCUCCCCCACUCGUUGCCAAUAGGGUCCGCUUGUUCCCUUCUCCAACGAGCUAACGGGCUACUUCACCUAUCAGAUUAGGAGCUGAUCGUCUCGGCGCAAGACAAAUCGCCUCGUGCUGUCCUUUUUCAUUGGCUGUUUGCAUCAAGAAGGCCGGCUUACACCGACUCUCUGGUGGUGAGAUACUGGUAAAAGAAAAUAAACUUUAUUCGGACAGGGCCCAUUCCUGUGAGCUUAUGAGUAAAAUAUAACCUUGGCCCGGGCUUGCUUCUUCGAUUUCUCCUCACAAAUCAAUAAUAAUUUAUCAUCAUGACUCCCACGCCCCCUUCUACUACCUCUUCAAGCGCCGGAGCUCACUCUCCAGAAGAGCAAUACCGCGUGGUAAGAAAGAGAAAUAGGGUUCCUUUGUCAUGUGGGCCUUGUCGGCACAGAAAGUUGAAAUGUAAUAGGUCGCAUCCAUGUGAGAAUUGUACGAGGAGAGGUGACGCCUCAUCGUGCUCAUAUGCUGCACCAGGAACACGAAAGAAGAAUCAAAGUCAAGGCUCAACCAGUCCUGAUGAUAUGCAAAAUCGUAUUGACCGUUUAGAAGGUUUAGUUUUAUCACUGAUGACAAAUGGUGCUUCAUCUGCAGGUCCAGCCGCCGCCGCCGCCGCCAUCAACCGUUCUCAAAGCGAUAGUGCUGGUUCAUCCUUUCCACCCGAUCUAGACCAAGACGAUGAUGAUAUGAUUAAAGAAGAGGGUGACGGAGAUAGUGAUGUGGAUGGUGUUGCUAAUUCACUAGGUAUUAUGAAAGUUGAUCCCGAUAAAGGAAAAACAACAUAUAUAGGAGAAUCGCAUUGGCAUUUAGUCUUAAAGGAUAUUGCAGAAGUCAAAACUUAUUUCAAUAAUCAUAAAAAGGAACUCGAAAAUAACUACGAAAAAAUCAAAUCUCAAAAGCCGCCUGCCAGUGAUGGUCCGGCCUUUCUAUUUGGUGCCCAUACACCGGCUACAGAUGAAGAACUUCGAGAGGCAGUUCCUGCCAAACCGGAAGUCGAUAAACUUAUCACCAGAUAUUUCAACACAUACGACCCAGCUAUACAUAUCAUACACUCCCCAACUUUCCACAAGGAACUGCAAACCCAUUGGCAAGAUCCCACAAAAACCUCGAUAGUAUGGCUAGGCUUAUUAUAUUCGAUCCUCUGUUUAGCCAUGCAGUCAUACCAAAAAAUUGGGGAUGAACCACCGGAAUGGAAAGGUAGAGCCCACAUUUACUUUUUCUUUGAUCGGCUUUUCUUGUUCUGUUCACAUCGACCUCUUUUCACCGUGCUAAAAUCUUGUUUAGGUCGUACUCUCGACAUAGCUAGUGAAUUCAGACAACGCACGGUCCAGUGUCUUGUCAAUUCCGAUUAUACAAAGUCAUCAUUCUAUACGAUUGAAACGCUAAUAUUAUACGUACACGGCGAGUAUGCGAGCCGUUGGGAUGCCGAAGUAGGACUUUGGGUCAUAAUCGGCAUGAUAACUCGACUAUCGAUGCGCAUGGGAUAUCAUCGGGAUCCAAGCAACUUUCCUGGUAUCACCGUCUUCCAUGGGGAGAUGCGUCGUCGACUAUGGGGGUUUGUGCGCGCCAUGGAUACAAUGUUCUCCUUUCAAUUGGCACUCCCAAGUAUGAUCCGUGAUAGCGACUGUGAUACGAAACUUCCUCGCAACAUAUUUGAGGAUGAGUUUGGUCCGGAUUCGAAAACAUUACCACCCGCGAGACCGAAUACUGAACCUACACCUGUUUCUUACAUGCUCGCCAAGAUCAGCAUAGCCAAUGAAUUCAAUUGCAUAUUGGAGGAAAUACAAAGCGUUAAUCCUAAGAGCAUUACAUAUGAUGAUGUCCUUGCCCGCGACAAUAAAUUAUGGGAAUUAAAACGCAAUCUUGCUCCCCAUCUUCAACUCAGGCCCUUGGAACAGUGUAUGCAUGAUCCUGCGACGCUUUUGAUGCAUAGGUUCAAUGUAGAUAUUUUAUGGCAGAAGACUAUGUGUGUUCUUCAUCGCAAAUAUCUUGCACGAGCGAGACAAAAUUCUCGCUAUGAUCAUUCCCGUCGAGCCUGUGUCAAUGCUGCGAUGGAAAUUCUUCGACAUCAACAUAUACUUCACCUUGAAUCUAAACCUGGAGGACGAUUGCGAUCAAUGAGAUGGGCGAUCUCAACUCUCACCAAACACGAUUAUCUACUGGCCGGCAUGAUAGUAUGCUUGGAUCUACAUUAUGAAACUGUUUGUCCGUCGGAUAAACAUUUCUGGACAACAGAACAGCUUGCCAAUAUGCUCAAAGCAGUUGAAACUUCCCAAAGUAUCUGGAGUGAAACAGUGGAAGAAUCGAUGGAGUCAUUCAAAGCAUCCAAAACCCUAAAUAUCAUUCUUGAGAAAUUGAAAGCUUCCAGGUGCCCGGCCGCCAAUACUUCUGCCACACCUAUGAGUACAGCCGACGCUUUCUCACAAUUCGAUGAUGAGAACCUCAGGCCUGAACAGUCGGCAGCCAUGACUCUCGGUAUGCUUUCUAGUGGUUUGUCGCCAAAUUCGGCAGCGGUGCUCAAUAGUAUGGGCCAAUCUUCUGGAUACACAAACAUGGAUUUGAAUAUGGGUGAAUCAGGUGGAAGCGGUCUCACCCCUUACCCGCUCGACAACAAUUUGAACCCUUUUGCCACCAUGAACGCUGGUGCAUCUCCCUUCUCCAUGUUUGGAAAUACUGGUAAUGCUCCUGGAAUGAUGGAUCUCCCAGCGAAUCUCGACUGGGAACAAUGGGAUCAUUACAUAGGAAGCUCAAAUACAAUCGAUCCCGCGUUUCAGUUCUACCCAACAAAUUUAGAACCUUCACCACCUGGUGGGGAUCAAGAACAAGGACAACAAAAUGACCCGUUGAAUCCAUUUGGUGGUCCUUUCAUGGGCGCAAAUACUCCUGGUAGAUGAAUGUUGAACAAGAUGAUGUUAUAUGAUAGUACAUGACAAUGUGUGGGUUGGGGAACAAAUGGAGCAGUGAAUGUUAUUGAAUGAUACCAUGCGGAUUCGACAUUUGGCCUUUUGGGAUUUGGGAGUUGCAAUGUAAUCGGAUAAAAACCCCUCUCGACAUUAAAAAUAAAAGUCCACUGAUUUAUAUCUUCAAUACGAUUUAGUUACAUGGUGAUUGAUUUGAUAUGCUGGGGUGUAUGAUUAGCGGUCGUGUAUUUUAUUGCAUCUGCUCUAUACUAUGCUAUCAUAUCAUGAUAUACUCUGAUAUGAGAUGUAAUCAACGCAAGGCUGGGCCGUGUAGACAGGCUUUCGAAUGCCUACUUGAGAUGUGCUGGAAAUGUUUUCAUCCUUAUGGAUGAUGAGCUAUGCAAUUUUGCUCGUCUUAUUCUGGAAAUUGGAAGGUGGAACACUCUCCUUGUAAAUUUAGGGAGUUGAAAAUUUGGGGGAUUGGAUCUUGGAGGCUGGAGGCUGGAGAUUGUUUUGAUGAUGGGCUGGAUUGGAUGGAUGGAUGUGGUACUGGGUGUAAGUGAUUGAGUGAUUGAGUGAUUGAUGUGCACGUGUUAAUCUUAAGAUUGUUUAAGUAUAUAUUGGGAUUUGGAAAACUAGGUACUUUUGAUGUGUUAACAGACAAAAGAUUAUCACACGAUGAAGAUUUUAAGUAGUAUGUCUAGGUGUUAUUAUAUCAUUAUCUGGG